UAAUCUUGAAGAGACUAAGAGAGACCAUAGACGUCGUGAUCAGAAGCUUGAAGAGAAAAGCGUUCAUCUCAAUCUUCAAUUUUUUUUUCUUCUUCUUCCCUUUCGUAUCAGAGCCUUGAACGAUGUCGUUUGGAUCCUCUCUCUUGUCGCAUCCGCAUUCCGUUAGAUUCUUGUUCAACAACACCGGAAACUCUCGCUUCAAAGCCGCUGCCGAAGUUCCCGAUUCCCUCUCUGAGGAUUGGUUCAAAUCUCGCAAGAAAAGGCCCUUUGGUCCACGAUUAGAUUUUAGUGCAGAAGAUGCGGUGCAUUACCAGCUCGAAGCCUUGAAGUAUAACGAUCAACCUCGUCAAGACUAUGGAAUCGAGGUUAUGUACAGGUUCGCCGGAUUUGAUCCUUUUGAAAGGUCUACCUAUUUUGGGCCUUUCUUUGAUUUGGGCCAGUUUGAAAGGUUUAGGCGUAUUUUUCACCACUCUACUUAUCGAGUAUUGCUUGGUCACAAGGAGAGAAAGAUCAUGAGCACUUUGUUUGUCGAGGAGAACAAAUACAAGCAGCGGGUUUGGAUUCGUGGAAGUCGACCGGAGGAAGAAGAGAUAUUUCAAUUUACAAUGGUUCAGAGGGUUGGUGGAUGCUGGGAUGGUUACUGGUUGACAGAAUCUCUGCUUCACGACACUGAUACAUUUGCUGGUGGGUUAGCUUAUUAAGAAUCGUCUAAUGCAGGAGGAAUCAGGUUCACGAGAUUACUGUCAAAAGCAUGAAAUGAUCUGCAAUCACCAUCCUAAUCUGUAAAAUUUGGCCAUGGUUAAUCUGUAAAAUUUGAUUAUUGGAUGGUAUGAAUAGAAUUUACAACACGGCACACCAUGUACUUACAAAAUAUGUUCUUAGAUAUUAAAAUUCUAUACUUUGCA